UUCAACGCCAGCGGGUGUAUUGAACUGCGAGUGCCCGGAGCUGGGAGUGUCAGUGUGUGUCUGUGUCCGUGUGUCCUGAGCGGGGAUCUGGGGGUCUGCGCGAUGAGUGAGCUGAACCUCGAGUACCAGGGGGUCCUCUUUCCGACCCACGUCCACGCGGUGGACAGCCUGAGCUACAGCCGCGACCACUUCCAGGUGCGGGACGAUGACCUGUUCAUCGCCACAUACCCCAAGUCAGGCACAACAUGGAUGCAAGAAAUAAUCCCUCUGAUCUACAACAGCGGGGAUCUGACACCAGUCCUGACCAUUCCAAACUGGCGCAGAGUCCCCUGGUUAGAGCAGGUAACCGGUAAAGGCCUACUGGAGGACAGGCCAUCACCCCGAUACAUGGUAACGCACCUUUGUCACCACAUGAUGCCGAAGACCUUCUACUCAUCAAAGGCCAAGGUAAUAUACGUGGCCCGCAACCCAAAGGAUGCCCUAGUGUCCUCUUAUCAUUACCACAACAUGGCCACGUUCCUGGAUGACCCAGGCACUUUUGAGGAGUUCAUUGACACCUUCUUGGAAGGAAAGGUGAUGUUUGGCUCCUGGUUUGACCACAUUCGGAGCUGGUGGCCGUUAAAGGAUAAGGAUAACUUCUUGUUUCUAACCUACGAAGAUAUGCUGAAGGACAUGCGAGGAGCUCUGGUGAAACUUGGGGCCUUUGUGGACAGGCCUCUGAGUGAGGCCACAAUGGAGUCGAUUGCAAAUCAAUGUAAAUUCACCAACAUGAAGCAGAACAACAUGUCCAACUACAGCUUUGUACCCAUGGAAGUGAUGGAUCAAAAGAAAGGCAACUUUUUAAGGAAAGGCAUUGCUGGCGAUUGGAAGAACCAUUUCACCGCAGCCCAGACUGAGCAUUUUAAUUCCGUGUUCGCCCGCCGAAUGGAAGGAUUAAUUUUCCCGUACUACGGAGACUGACGGAGCAAGAAUCGCUCGCCCAGGACUGCAGACUUCGCAAAACCUGUACUCGCCUUUCCUCACUGCCGCUAAAACUUGAUUCCGUUCGCAAAGAAAUAUGAUGUUUCAAUCAGUGUUGCCUUACCUUGACUUGCCCUUGUUUCUGUACUACUGUGAUGUAGGCCGAAUGGUACUAAAAGCAUCAUCCUGCUGGCUAUUGUUGCUUGAAGAUAGACACGGUGGCACAGCGGUAGAGUUGCUGCCUCACAGCGAAUUCAGCCCCGGAGACCCAGGUUCGAUCCCGACUUCGGGUGCUGUCUGUACGGAGUUUGUACGUUCUCCCCGUGACCUGCUGUGGGCUUUCUCCGAAAUCUUCGCUUUCCUCCCACACCCUAAACACGUACAGGUUUGUAGGUUAAUUGGCUUGGUGUAAAUGCAAGUUGUCCCUAGUGGGUGUAGGAUAGUGUUAGUGUGCGGGGAUCGCUGGUCGGCGCGGACCCGGUGGGCCGAAGGGCCUGUUUCCGCGCUGUAUCUCUAAACUAAACUAAACUAAAAAUGCUGGAGUAACUCAGCCGGAGAGGCACCAUCUCUGGAGAGAAGGAACGGGUGUCGAUUCAGACCCUUCUUCAGAACGAAACGUCUUUCCAGAGAUGCUGCCUGUCCCGCUGAGUUACUCCAGCAUUUUGUGUCUAUCUGCGAUGUAAACCAGCAUCUGCAGGUUCCUUCCUACACAUUUGGUCUGCUGAUGCUUGAAACACGUUUUGUUUUCGCCACUUAACAGGAUACGGUGAAAUAGCUAGCUGCACAACAAAAUUAAUCCAGUUGUCAAAAAUGUUUUUCUAAUAUGUCUUGAAAGUUUCACAUCAACUUUAUUGCUUUGAUGCUCACACUUUUAUCAAAAAAAGUUAUGCUUUUGAAACUGUAACACUAUAAUGCUGUAAAACAUAGAAACAUAGAAAUUAGGUGCAGGAGUAGGCCAUUCGGCCCUUCGAGCCUGCACCGCCAUUCAAUAUGAUCAUGGCUGAUCAUCCAACUCAGUAUCCCGUACCUGCCUUCUCUCCAUACCCUCUGAUCCCCUUAGCCACAAGGGCCACAUCUAACUCCCUCUUAACUAUAGCCAAUGAACUGUGUGGCCUCGACUACCCUCUGCGGCAGAGAGUUCCAGAGAUUCACCACUCUCUGUGUGAAAAAAGUUUUUCUCAUCUCGGUUUUAAAGGAUUUCCCCCUCAUCCUUAAGCUGUGACCCCUUGUCCUGGACUUCCCCAACAUCGGGAACAAUCUUGUGCUGGACUAAACGAUUAGUUUAGUCUAUUAUUACAUGUACCGAGGUACAAUUAAAAUACUUUUAUUGUUGCAUAUAAUGGAGUGGAUGGAAAGACUACAUGAUUACAAUCAAGCUGUCCACACUGUACAGAUACAGGAUAAAGGGAAUAAUGUUUAGUGCAAGGUAAAGGCAGAUUAAAGAUUGUCCAAGGGCCUCCAAGGAGUUAGAUGAUAAGUUGGGACUGUUCUCCAGUUGGUGAUAGGAUAGUUUGGUUUUCUGAUAUCACCUGGAAAGAAAUGCUGGUUUAAACCGAAGAUAGACACAAAGUGCUGGAGUAACUCAGCGGGACAGGCAGCAUCUCUGGAGAGAAGGAAUGGGCGACGUUUCGGGUUGAGAACCUUCUCCAGACUGGACACUUUCUUCAGAGUCUGAAGAAGGGUCUCAACCUGAAACGUCACCCAUUCCUUCUCUCCAGAGAUGCUGCCUGUCCCGCUGAGUUACUCCGGCCCUUUGUGUCCACCUUAAAACGCCCUUCAUCUCGCUUCACCUUUGACUUCAUUUCCAGUAUAGACAAAAAUGCUGGCGAAACUCAGCGGGUGAGGCAGCAUCUAUGGAGCGAAGAAAUAGGUGACGUUUCGGGUCGAAACCCGGAAGGGUCUCGACCUGAAACGUCACCUAUUCCUUCGCUCCAUAGAUGCUUCCGGGUCUCAACCCGAAACAUCACCUAUUCCUUCGCUCCAUAGAAGCUUCCGGGUCUCAACCCGAAACAUCACCUAUUCCUUCGCUCCAUAGAUGCUGCCUCACCCGGCAUUUCUCCAGCAUUUUUGUCUAUCUUCGAUUUUUCCAGCAUCUGCAGUUCUUUCUUAAUCAUUUCCAGUAUAAAGUCCUCCUGCGUUAGACUUCCAUCUCACCGCCUCCAAAUGAAUCGUUAACCUCAUUGUGUGGCGUUCCCAUCUGUGGAAUAAAGAUGAGGGCGCGUUCUGGAAUCUUCCAACCUACCUCCCUGCGGCCCGUCGCACUUUUUUUUGCACUUGACCAGUCUCGACCCGAAUUAUCACCCGUCCCUGCUCUCUGGCAUUUUGUGUCUAUCUUGGGAAGGAACUGUCCCUGACUUUGCACAACCUGUGCAUUGCACGAUCUGUCUGGAUAUCUGCAGCACACCAACAAAAGAUCUUCACUACACCUCAAAAAACUAUAAUCUAGAAAAUUGGAUUUGAGCUUUUAGUCCUUCACAUUUAUUGUUAAUGCAUUGAUGAACUUUGUGCUGGACAGAGCUGCAAACUAACUUGAACUUUUGCUUCUGAAAUUAAAAUGCGGGAAUAUUAAUAAAGAAAUCACAUUGUCAAAGCUGUCACAGCCAGACAUAAAAACAAGUUAUUUCAACGAGUAGUAGCUCUAAUCAAUAACCAAAAUUCUGUACCCUCCUUUUGCUCUGGUAUUUUAUUUCAUUCACCUGGUAAAAAUCGAUAAUGUUUUAUUGUUAAUGUUUAAUAUUUUAUGUGUCAAUCCUUACUUUCACUAUAUGUCAUGUUGUCACUUGCGGGCGGAGCACCAAAGCAAAUUCCUUGUAUGUGAAUUCUUGGCCAAUAAACUUAUUCAUUCAUUCAUUCAAA